AGAUUUGAUCGAAUUAUAAAAAGGCAAGAUCUCUCCAGCAAUUCUCUCUUUCAUACUGCUAUAUUGAAUCCCAACAAUGCCAGAAUUUGCUCCUUUGAAGAAUGAUUUGAUUCUUAGAGCAGCUAAGGGAGAAAAAGUCGAAAGACCUCCAAUUUGGAUUAUGAGACAAGCAGGUCGUUACUUACCAGAGUACCAUGAAGUCAAAGGAAAAAGAGAUUUUUUUGAAACCUGCAGGGACCCAGAAAUUGCAUCUGAGAUUACUAUCCAACCCAUUGACCAUUUUGAUGGGUUGAUUGAUGCGGCUAUUAUUUUCAGUGAUAUUUUGGUUAUCCCACAGGCCAUGGGUUUUGAAAUUGAUAUGGUCGAGGGAAAAGGCCCGGUCUUUGCAUCUCCAUUAAGAUCCCCAGAAGAUUUAUCCAGAAUCGAUUUAAAUCCUGAUAUCAAGUCCAAGUUGGAUUGGGCAUUCAAGUCGAUUACCUUGACCAGAACCAAGUUGAAUGGUAGAGUACCACUUUUAGGGUUCGUCGGAGCACCAUGGACUUUGUUGGUAUACAUGACAGAAGGUCAAGGUUCCAAGAUGUUUAGAUUUGCCAAAGAGUGGAUCUUCAAAUAUCCCGAGGCAGCCCAUAAGCUUUUACAGGCUACUUGUGACGCUUGUAUUGAAUUUUUAGCCUUACAAGUUGUUGCUGGUGCUCAGAUGUUACAAAUCUUCGAAUCAUGGGCAGGUGAGUUAGGCCCAGAUGACUUCAAUGAAUUUUCCUUACCUUAUUUAAAACAAAUUGCUGAAAAAUUACCUAAGAGAUUAAAGGAGUUGGGUGUUGAAGAAUAUAUCCCAUUGACCGUGUUCGCAAAAGGGGCAUGGUAUGCAUUGGAUGACUUAUGUAAUGCGGGUUACGAUACUGUUUCUCUCGAUUGGUUGUACAGACCAGAAGAUGCCGUCAAAGUAGUCAAUGGUAGAAGAAUAACUUUACAAGGUAAUAUAGAUCCUGGUGUUAUGUAUGGAUCGGACGAAGUCAUUGCGAAAAAAGUUGAAAAAAUGAUUCAUGGUUUUGGUGGUGGAAAGCAAAACUAUAUUAUUAACUUUGGUCAUGGUACUCAUCCCUUCAUGAAGCCAGAAAGAAUAGAAUACUUCUUGAAACAAUGUCAUAAAUAUGGUUCUGCAUAAACUAUAUUAGUCAGACCCAUAUGACUCACUGUGUUUUUGUUUUUGUAUAUGCUCUUUUGUUUGAUUCCAUAAUUUGCCAUCAUAUAAAUUAGUGCGAAAAAUCUUGCGACAGAAUAAAAAUACUUGAUCCGUACA